AUGUAUGAUUUAUUGUACAAAAUACUAAGAGUUUCUUCAAGGGAACUUACAAACUAUGAGUACAGGCUUUUAGGUAAGGGACUAAAAUUUUGUCUUAAACCUAAACACCAUAAUGAGAUACAGUUAAAACAAGAGAUUUUUGAGUUCACAAGACGCUUACGGUUGAAAGAAUAUUUUUACACGCCGGAAGAGGAUUCUGAUGGUGAAAAUGAUUGUGAUAGUGCUGAAGGUGUGAAAAAUAAACAGAAAUAUAAGAAAAAACAUUCAAUAUUUACUCCAACUUCUGGCAGAGACUCUACACUUGACUUUUACAUUGAUGCUAUAACGCAUAAACUUCUUCAAAAGAACAAUAAGUACAGGUUUCGACCUAAUCUAUCUACUGAUGAACUUUCUGCACUGAAAAAUCUUCGAAAUGAUGAUAGUAUAAUCCUUAAGAAAUCUGACAAAGGCUCGGUUAUUGUGGUAAUGAACAGGACUGAUUAUAUUGCUGAUGUCAAUAGACAGCUGAAUAAUACUGCUUACUACAAAAAACUUGAUCAUAACCCUGUUGAACUAUUUUCAAACGAUGUUACUGAUGUUUUAAAUGUUAUAUGUAGGGAUGUGAAUGGUAAUUCUAAUGAUACUUUAGUUGUACCUAGUGAUGCCAGAACGCCACAAUUUUACAUCUUGCCCAAUGUUCAUAAAGAUAUUAAUUCAGAACUACCACUUGGUUACAUAGGACGACCAAUUGUAUAUGGGUAUAACUCUGUUACUGAAGGCAUAUCUGAAUACAUUGAUAAUAUCUUGAAGCCACACAUGGAAGCCCUGCCCUCAUAUGUUAAAGACUCUACUGACUUCAUUAAAACGCCAGGGUCUAUGCCUAAUAUCUCCCCUAAUGCAUUUUUGGUUACUAUGGAUGUUUCAUCCUUAUACACUAAUAUUCCGCAUGGUGAUGGGAUAGAGGCUUGCCGUGAAUAUUUAAACAAAGCUCAUUCAUACUUGUCACAUCAGUCAGUCAAUGAUAUUUGUCAGCUUAUUGAACUAGUCUUGACUAAAAACCAUUUUCAGUUCAAUACUGAAAAAUAUGUUCAAAUUUUAGGUACUGCUAUGGGUACACGUAUGGCUCCUACAUUUGCUUCACUUUUUAUGGGUAAACUGGAAAGCGAUUUCCUAGCUAAUACUACUGUUAAGCCAUCGCUUUAG